AGGGAUGUUUUUGUUGAAACCUGAUCCUUUCGCAAUGUGUGCAUGAAGGUAUUAAUGGACAAUCACCAUGACAGCCUUUUAUGCUGGUGAAAGAAUGUCCACAGCUGGUGGGAUGCAUUGUGAUUGACCCAGGGUGUUGUGUAUAAAAUGAUGGUGUGCUCCACAUUGGUGGCAGUUCUAUCAAAAUGGGAUCACUGUAUCUUGUCAUUUUCGCGGUUGCUGUUUUCGUGGGCAGUGCUCUCAAUACCCCAAUGCAUGGAAGUGCUGAGGAUGUAUAUGACUACCAGUCGAUCCGGGCAUCUCCCAAAGUCCAGUGCGAUUCCACAGAUAUGUCUUGCAUCGAGGGAUUUAUCGAGCAUCAUCGAUCAGAAGAAGCGGACAACAGGAAUACCAAUUUGCCGGAGAACAAAUUGAACUUUCUCUCGCUUAUCACUGGCAAGGAUUUUAUCGGGACAGAAAUGGAGAAACGUAAAGACUACCCAGAGACUGUGAGUGAAUUCAAAUCACACUAUUUACCUUCCUGUGCCUGUCAAUCUAAAUAUGAACCUCUGGAUUUGGGUUACAAUAAUUUCCCACGCUACCUCAUGAGUGCAGUAUGCCUCAAUCGUGAGGACAGUUCCCGGAAGUGUUGGCGUGGAUCACGUUGCAGAGAAGUGCCCUUUAAGGUUCAUGUUCUGUCGCAUCGCACCAACCAGGACAUCCUUAAGGACGAGAGAUUCGAUGAUGAUGCACGCACUUCAUCCAUGCUCCCGGACUCCCUUCGAUCGAUGUGGCGUGUGAGGAUUGUAACCGUUGCAGCCACAUGUCAGUGCACUCAGUAGAAAUGUUAGAAGGAUUUUUAGGGCAUAAUACAGGACUUCCUCAAAUAGCAUAAA